CCCCGUGGCAGUCGCUCGGCAGCCACCCCCGUCUACGCGCAGCCCGUUCAGCUUCGGGCGGCGUCGUCGGAGCAGCGGCAACGGUAUCGCGCGGCACCGGGGCGCGUUCAGUCGGCAUCGCGUCCACCACCAUCGAGGUUUAUACGUCGCGUCGGCCGGAACCCGCUGUAACGCGACCCCCACGGGCGACCCUCGUGGCGCGCACGCAUUCCGCUCGCCAAGGAUCGCCCGGUUCCUGACCGAGUUGCCUAAACACAAGCCAGAAUCGCCCGAGGACACGCCGCUUGCUCGAUCCAGCGAUCUCGAAUCCCGCCAGUGCUCUCUCGUCUCUCCCGCGCGUUUGGGCAACCGAAAUGCUUGGCCGAAUCGCGAGGGAGAAAAUGUUUGGCGAUUAGGUGGAGUUGAAGAGAUGCGCGUCAAGCGCCCGACUUUCGAAUCUCCAAGGUGACGAACCGUGAAGAAAAAAUACAAACAUGCCGGUUGGUGGACGGGUCGCGGGUAAAGUUGGGAUCUAUAGCUCUCACUACAAUGGAAAGGGCUACAGCGGCAUAAAUGAGGAGAUCAUCUGGAUCAGCAUAGGCAUGGGGAUCACCAUAGCCAUCCUGAUCACCAUCGCGCUCUGCUACAUCGCCCGUGAAAAGUGUCGCAAGCGGCACGAGGGAUACUACACGUCAUGACGUAUGUUCCCGCCGCCCUCGUGGGCGUCCUGGUCAUUUAGCCCGACGACACCAGGAAUCCUUUUCAGUCCGACCACGUCACGGGGUAAACCGCGGGCUUACUACAUCACCGUCUGAACUCUCUCGCACUUUCCUCUCCUCACGCGGGAAAAAAAACCCUCGGCGGAUAGGAGCCGCAUGAAAAUAUCCAACGGAAUAGGGAUGGUAAAAAAAAGCAGAACUCGUCGUUUUCCCCGCAUUAACGUAUAUACCGUGGCUACAUUCCAUUACGAGAACGGAUUUCUCAAUCAGGAAAAUCCGAAGAUUAUGAUCAAAAUCUGUGCGACUCUGCCUUCCCACUGAAAAGAAGUCACCUAAAAAAAAAAGAAAAAAAAAGAUGGAGGGAGAUUGAAAGGAUUAAAGGAAUUCUCUAUAUUGAAACUCGCGGACGGAUGAAUCGGUUAAAAUGAAAAAGCAGAAAGGGAAAAUAACGUCGCGCGCGCGCGCGCAUUGUUAAAACUUAAAAGCGGCUGGUUCGUCUAUGGGGAAAAUCGAUUUCAAAUUUCCUCGCGAGCAUAAAGUUUUACCAUCGGCGUAAUACUCUCCUUGGGAACACAUUCAGUAUCUCGUUCGCGGGACGCGUUUCCAUGGAGUUAUUACCAGGGUGUAUUUCCCGAAAGAGGGAGAGAGAGAGAGAAGAAAGUAACUUUCGCACUAAAGAAAGGGAGGACUAACGUUGCCUCAAAGGCUACGAGUGCUCCUAUCUAAAAUCAGGAACGGGUAGUAGCAUGAAUUUGUAGUGUGCGACUAUCGGUGACUAUCAACGGUAACUAUGACGUAGGCUAUAAGUAGCGUCUCCGACGUUCGACAAAUUGUGACUUUCUUCUAUAAACGCACCCGAGCAUUCGUGUCUAGACGGUAGAGCGACGGGUGGUGUGUACGUGCGAGGGUACGGCCAAUGGACCAUUAUUCUCAUUCGCGCCUGCACGUGUCCUCGAAAGAGCUUUCCGGUGUUAAAACGUUUCUAAAAGGCAACGCAACGGGAUGCCUGAUGUGCAGUGCACUUUAACUAUCCAGUUAAAGUGCACUGUUACAGACAAAGUAAAUGGCAAUUAUCUACUAGAUGGAGGCGACCCGGCUGCUCGACAAAUACAGAUAAAGUAAAAUUAAUGAUGACAACCUUUACUUCCAGAGAAACGUUUAUAUCCUUCUUUUUUUUUUAUUUGAAAGGCGAAAGAAACUGAUUUUUAAUGUAACUCGACUGUGAAGAUGUCCGUUUCUUACGUUUGAAUUAAAAUAAUUGCGAAUCGUUAAAUGGAAUAAAAUCAAAGAGAGCCCGAUAAAAGAAAGUUACGUAAUCCUCACUUUUAAUAACGCUAUUAUAUUUUUUGAUAAUUAAAGCGUUAUCUUUCUACUUCGCAUAGGAGACACUUCUGUUCGCAUGCUCCUCAAUUUUUGUCCAUCUUUACUUCGAGUAUAGCUUAUUAAUAUUUUUUGAAAGACUUACAAGUAAUAAUAAUUCGCGAAUAUCGUAUUUUUUACUAAGUGCGUGUAAAAAUUGACAAAUAAUAGAUUUUACGUUUUUCGAUUAUUUCCUCGUACAUUUAACUGCAAAUGCGUACCCCUCUCUCGCAAGAUCCGUUAAUGUUCAACAAGUCCCACAAAGAUUUUAAUCCGAAUCGUUCACUCAGGUAGCGCGAAGGAAAAAAAAAGUCGUUUAAAAGAUUGAGACGUUUUUUUCACACGUCUUCCCGGCGCCUCUCGGAUAAUUGUCCGGAUUAUUCUCGUCACGAGUGCGAAUGAUAUCGGACCGGAAUCGUUUUCAUUACUCAUCCGGCACUUUACCUUGAAAGGACAAAUGGAAGUAUCUCAUCAAAGUGUUCCCGAGGAGAAAAUUCUUCGAAUGUAGGGGCGGUGAUUGACGACAAUUACAAGCAUUCUCGCGGAUCACGCAAUUAGAUCCUUUAUCACGUCGUAAAUUAGAUGCUCGCGGAGCAUUAGGUCCCGUUAACGAUUAUUAAAGAGAUCCUUAUGUUUUUCUCUCGGUUUUAAUGCAGCUCUAAUACAAUUCUGCUAUCAUUAGCGGGCGAUCGAUUUAAAUGAUGUCGUACUGGAAUAAAUUCCGGAGCCUGGAUCUAAAUCCCCCACCAACGUCGUUCGCCGUAAUUAACUUUGCCAUCUACCGUAACUUCGAAAUCCAUUUAUAUUUCGACGCGCGUUGCCGCGGCUCUGGGAAGUUUCAAUCCCGCGUUUGUUUCCCGCUUCCUUUCCAACCAGAGAAAAUCGCUUAACUCCUUCAGAGAUCGUUCGCCGACACGCCUUCCUGUUUCAAUCGAUACUUCGACAGCACUUCGUGUUAUUGGGCCGUCUCCUGCAGCUGACGAUGGUUCCAGGUACCAUGUAUUUCCGUCGAACGUAUAUACGUUUUCCACGAAGACGCGUAUCCCGACCUGUUCUCUCGUAACGCCGGGCAAUCUCUGAACAAUUUUAAUUAUAUCAUUAAAAGUUUUAAUUACGCUUUGCACAACUUUUUCUUUCCAUCUCGAUCGAGACAAAUGUUUAAAAAGAAAAAGAAAAAAAAGUUGACAGUUGAGCAAAGUUUUGUCAGACAAGACUAAUUAAUGCAGACUGCGAUUUAAAAACGCUAUCUUUUAAUGUGACUUAAGCUAAAUAACCGAUAGCUUCUCGUUCUUUAUGAGUGAAGUACCUGAUAGUGAAAGAUGUUGUUUUCACCAAAAUAUUUCCGUGAUGCAAAUUGUGUUAAUCCCAGACAGCACAUAGACGUUUAAAAAAUGUAUUUAAACGUAUUAAAAAUGUACACAGUGGACGUACGUAUUUAAAACAUCCAAAUCAGAGUCUUAAACAUCUUUAGAACAUUUUUAAUUGUUACUUUUCUAGACAUCUAGACAAAAAUAUUCAUUUUAAGUACUAAACGGACCAAAAUUGGACCAAAACGGUCUGUUUCAAUCAUUAAAAAAUUUUUAAAGGAUAUGUAUAGGUAAAGUAUUGCCAACAAAUUAAUUUCAAGUUGCAAAACGAAUAUUUCACCUACACCUUUUUUAUAUUUUUUAAUAAUCGAAAUAAGUCCAAUUUUAGUCUAUUUAGUUCUUAAACGUACAACAUACAUUUUAAAAGCAAUUUCUGAUUAUUAAAUAACCAUAUUAAUAAAACAAACGAUUGAUAAAAAACUCAUGUCAUAAUUGUUUUGACAUUUCAAUGUUCACUACAAAAUGUAUAAAAAAAUUUGGGAUUCUAUUUUAAAAACUCAGAUGAUUUUAAUAAUUUUAUAUUAUUAUUCAAGAUUAAGAAACGCGUUUUCUUCUAUCGUUUUUGUUUACGCUUUAUCUCUUUCUAUCCAAGCAACAGAGGGAUGAUACAGCUGAAAUUUGUGAGCUUGUGAAGAUUUUAAACCUAGGUCAAUUCUAAAAAAAAAAUGUUUUUCUCAUACUGCUAUCAUUUCUAUCACGUGUAAAAAAAUUGAUAAUUAUUUUACAUAAGAAUUAAGAAUUUUUUUCAAACAUACGUUCAAAUAAACGUUUUUAAAACGUCUUAAAACGUAUGAUCCAAAUAUGAAUGAAUUCUAAACAUGUAAUAAUGUAUGUUCUUAAAACAUUUGUAUGACGUCCGUGAACAUUUGGAAAAAAAUAAAGAUCAAAAUCGAACAUCCGAUUUGAAUGUUGUGUUGUGCUAUCUCGGAUUAACGAGAUCUCGAGACACGAUAAAUUGAGUGGCCGCGAAGUGUGUGGGUCUGUAGUAAGAAAAUAUUUAUAGUUAAAGCGAGCGCCGAGAGAUUUCGAAAGUACUCUUCGAGCACGUUAGCUUAUCUCAGGCGUUUCCCUACAAGCGCCGUAAUACAUCCAAAUGACUUUCUCUAUCGCGUAGAUUGUACUCUUUCAUUAGAUGUAACUUCGACUCCGUUUCUGCGCCUAUGUAAUUAACGUAAUUAACGGGAAGCUUAGCUACGUAAUCCCGAGACUACGAUUAAUUCUGUAUAACGUAAGAAUCUCCUGACCAAACUCUAGAAUGUAAUUCCUUGAGAUUACACUCGGGCCACAAUCUGAAAUGAUAUCGAUCCUUUAGAAAAACUCUCAAAUAAAACAACGGGCAUUUGUGCUGUUAGAACAGAGGUUCUUUCCCGAGGCGUCCUCUCCUCCACGAAAUAAAAGUCGAAAAGUUUCGCAUAACGAGAGAGAGAGAUACUUUUCCCGUUGAAAAUUAAAAAUAGCGAUCUCCCAAAGGCCUAUCGCUGUCAUAGAUAGUCCUGUACAUAUAAAAGUGUGUAUAUUAUAUUUAAUAAAUAUAUACCAUAAUUUUUACAGAUAUUUCGUUGACAGCCUUGGGAAACUCUUUAGUUAGAGAGCAUUAUACAUAUGUUGUGACGUGAUUAAAAGAUGUGUAGUUAUAAGAAAAAGUGCGAAGCAACCGGUAGUCAAAAGAUAGUAAAAAAUAAAAACGCUCCUCUAAACAUGUAGUCAUCUCUACGUUAUCUGUAAAAAUACACAACGGUCAACGCACGGUUUAUCCGCUUCCGAUAUAAAAAAGAAUGUUAUUAAUAAUACAGUUUUUCUUGUCGGUCGCGGCUGAUACAUAAAUAGUAUAUCGGUAUAUAACUAAUAUAUAAAUUCUCUUCAAACUACCGAUUAAAUUUCAUGUAAAAUUGCAUCGUGAUUGUUAUUGCAAUCUAAUUUAAGCUAUGAAAGCUGACAAUUUGUUACUCAUUUCGGAGUAAAUUUACACGUGUUUACAUAUUUACUUCGGCAAAUGAAAAUACAUCCACAGCCAUUGUAUGAAGCUCGCGCUGUGCUGUGAAUGACAAGUAGUCCCUGUUUCGCGUUUAAUCGCGAGAAUAAGGGAGACCCAAUUGUCAUUGGCGAAAUCAUUAAGCUCGAACGAAUCGUCUUGACGACCGGUGACCUCGCACAUAAAGAAGAUAAAUGUUCCUCACGCGUACCACCAUCCACCAUCUCGUGGACUUUAGACGUACGUUUGUAUUAAUUUGUAUAAUUGUUAAGAGAACUCGUCUCACAACAUUAAUAGCCGGCGCGCAUUAUAUAUAGGCAUGUAUGUAAAUGUGUAUGUAUAUUUUACAGAUUUUAAUAUAGUGUGCAUUUAAAACGCGCGGCACUACGCACACGAUCAAACACUUUAUAGUUUGUACUGAAAAUAGAAGGAAGAUGGCAUGCGGUAUUACGUCUUCUGCAAAUGACCAAAUUCAUAGAUCGAUGUAUUAAUGGCGUACUUCUUUAUUUGUAAUGAAUAAACUAUUAAAUCGUACUCAA